UUCUCUCCCCCGCCUCCCCCCGCUCCCCCCCACCCCGGCUGGGCCCGAGCAGCAGAGGCGGCGGUGGAGGCGGCACCGGCAGGAUGAGCGGAUCACAGAGCAAUGAUAACAAAAGACAGUUUCUACUUGAGCGCCUGCUGGAUGCUGUUAAACAGUGCCAAAUCCGCUUUGGAGGGAGAAAGGAAAUAGCAUCAGAUUCUGAUAGCAGAGUGACUUGUCUGUGUGCCCAGUUUGAAUCUGUGUUACAGCAUGGCUUGAAGAGGAGUCGAGGAUUAGCCUUAACAGCAGCAGCAAUCAAACAGGCAGCGGGAUUCUCUAGCAAGACAGAGACAGAGCCUGUAUUUUGGUACUAUGUGAAGGAAGUCCUGAAUAAGCAUGAACUACAGCGCUUCUACUCCCUGAAAAACAUCAGCACAGAUGUGGGAAGAGGGCGGGCUUGGCUGCGCUGUGCCCUCAACGAACACUCCUUGGAACGCUACAUCCACAUGCUGCUGGCAGACAAAAUUAGAUUGAGCAUUUUCUAUGAAGAUUGGGCCUUUGUGAUGGAUGAGGAACGGUCCAGCAUGCUCCCUACCAUGGCAGCUGGUCUGAAUUCUAUACUCUUUGCAAUCAAUAUUGACAACAAGGACCUGAAUGGGCAGAGUAAGUACACGCCAACUGUCUCUGACCUCCUAAAGGAGUCUACUCAAAAUGUGACCUCCCUGCUGAAGGAAUCCACCCAAGGUGUGAGCAGCCUCCUUCGAGAGAUCACAGCAUCUUCUGCUGUCUCCAUCCUAAUCAAACCAGACCAGGAAUCUGACCCUUUACCAGUUGUAUCCAGGAAUGUCAAUGCAGAUACAAAAUGUAAAAAGGAUAGGAAAAAGAAAAAGAAGGUAACUAAUAUAAUUUCAUUUGAUGAUGAGGAAGAUGAGCAAAACUCUGGGGACAUUUUUAAAAAGACAGGUGGAACAGGAGAAAGCUCAGAAGACAAUUCAGAUCGUUCAUCAGUUAAUAUCAUGUCCACUUUUGAAAGUCCCUUUGGGCCAAAUUCUAAUGGAAGCCAGAGUAGCAACUCUUGGAAAAUUGAUUCUGUGUCUUUUAAUGGAGAAUAUGGAUACCAGAAGCUGGAUGUGAAGAGUAUUGAUGAUGAAGAUAUUGAUGAAAAUGAAGAUGAAGUUUAUGGAAAACCACGUGGGCAAAAAAGCAUGGAAGAUCACACAGAGGUUUCUGAGAAGCCCCUGGAUGGUAACACCUGCCUUUCACAGAUGCACAGCUGGGCUCCCCUGCAGGUGCUUCAUGGUGAUUCUGAUGUCCUUUUUCCUCUCAGUGGAGUGGGAUCUUAUGCCCCAGCAGAUGCCACGUUAAAUAACCUGGAGAAUGGCAGUGGACCCCAGAGCAGCAUUCUCACUGGGCCUGAACUUCAAUACAGUGUGGAAGCCAGUCCUCCAGUCCAAGGGAGCCCUUUAAGCAGCCUCUUGCCUUCCACACCUGUGCCAGAAUCCAUGACAAUUAAUGAACUGCGCCAAGCUAUUGUGGCUAUGAUGAAUAGAAAGGAUGAAUUGGAAGAAGAAAACAGAUCAUUGAGGAACCUGCUUGAUGGAGAGAUGGAACAUUCUGCAGUGCUCAGGCAAGAGAUUGACAACUUGAAACGAAAAGUGUCAGAACAGGAGGAACGACACGUAGCCAAGAUCCAGGCAUUGGCAAGAGAAAAUGAAGUGCUGAAAGUACAACUGAAGAAGUAUGUAGGAGCUGUCCAAAUGCUGAAAAGAGAAGGACAAACAGCUGAAGUUGUGCCAAACCUUUGGAACAUUGAUGGAGAAGUUACGGUCCCUGAGCAAAAGCCUGUAGAAGUCAGUGAGGAACUAGCAAGCUCCUAUGAAAGAAAGCUCAUAGAGGUGGCAGAAAUGCAUGGAGAACUUAUAGAGUUCAAUGAGCGACUACACCGAGCUCUGAUUGCUAAGGAAGCUCUUGUAUCCCAGAUGAGACAGGAACUAAUUGAUCUUCGAGGACCGGUGCCUGGAGAUUUGAGUCAAACAUCUGAAGAUCAAAGUUUGUCAGAUUUUGAAAUAUCAAACCGAGCUCUGAUAAAUGUCUGGAUUCCCUCUGUUUUUCUUCGGGGGAAGGCUGCUAAUGCAUUCCAUGUGUAUCAGGUCUAUAUCAGGAUAAAGGAUGAUGAAUGGAAUGUAUAUAGAAGAUACACAGAAUUCAGAAGUUUGCAUCACAAGUUACAGAACAAAUAUCCUCAAGUGAGGGCCUACAGUUUCCCACCUAAAAAGGCCAUUGGAAAUAAGGAUGCAAAGUUUGUAGAGGAGAGACGAAAACAACUACAGAAUUACUUAAGAAAUGUUAUGAACAAAAUAAUUCAGGCUAUCCCAGAGUUUGCAGCCAAUCCCAAAAAAGAGACUCUUAUUCAGCUGAUGCCAUUUUUCAUUGACAUUACACCCGGAGAGCCAGUAAGCAAAAACAGUCGGACCAGAGUGGCUUCCCGCUUCCCCAAAUUAUCCCGGAAUCAUCCGAGAGAGCCCCGCAAUGUGGAACCGCAGAGUGGUGACCUCUGAUCCUUUUGCAGGCUCCCAGAUGCUGGUGCUGUGUACUUUUCCAACUGGCCCAGUGCUUCUGACCUGUCUGAGGCAGCUGGUUCCUUAGCCUCAGAGGAAAAAUCAGUUAUGCUACAUUAACCCUGGAAAAAGGACACCAUCCACACCGUGGUUUCUCACUCUGAUUAAACAGGUCACCCAGAAGGCAGCACGUGCUCAUUGUCCUAAAGAAAAAGGCUCCUCACCUGGAGAGGCAGUAACAUGGUAACUGAUUUCCCCUUGGCUGCUGCCUGUUUGCAUUCACAUUUUCCCAGCUGUGUCUUAAGGCAGCAUGAGAUUCACUGCCCUUGGCCUCUUGCAGGAGACACCUGAUGCAGCUGGUGGGAGGUGCAAGGAGCACCAGGUCAGGAGACCAGAUGCCUUUGUUUUUGAGGCACACAACUGAGAUUUUUCACUUCGUCAAAAAACUAUGACUCCAAACAAACUCUGACUUUUUCCUUUUGGGGGGUGGAAGUGGGGGGAGAAAUAGGAUGACUGUUAUUUUGUUUUUUCUAUGUAAUUGUCUGCCAAUACCCAUAGACUCCUCACUAUGAUUUGGGGGCUCUCUAUGUAUGUUAAAAAUACACCAAGCAGUAUAGGACAGGUGACCCAAAUAGCUAUUUCCAGGCAUCUCUUUCCUAAUGGUAUGUUCCCCAUGACUCCUUUGGGGAAGCGCCAAGUAAGUCGCAGAUUAUGUUGGCUUUUUAUUUUUAAAGCAACGCCUUUGUUUUUGCCAGCAGAGGGGGGACAGCCCUAAAUAUAGGUCUUUCCCCAAAUAAGACUGAACAGUUUAAUGAGAAAGUUAAUACCAAGGUAAUCCAGCCUUGAAUGGAAUCCUGAGCCUUUUGUUGUGUCCCAUGACAGGUUGUCAACUUGGCUGUUACAGAAAUCCUCUAUAGCAUUAAAACUGGGGGCUGUUUGGGCAUUCUUUUGUCAUUCGACAUAGAAAAUGGGUUAGAAGAGGCAAAAAGACCCACUAGUCAUUGACCUUUGUAGAAAAAGAGUAUCUUGUGCCUUAGGCUAACUAAGAGGUUGAAAAAUCAUUUAGGGGUUGAGUUCCUGGGCUUCCUUGCUGUACUGUUCAUCUCACUGGCUAUUUCCGAUGAGUUCUGACCUAAAUAUUUUUGGCCCUCAUUAUUCACCCUUCUCCCCCCACAAUCAUCUUUUUUUUUCUCUUGUCCUAAAUGUAGAUGUCUGUGGUAAAUUAUCCUCUGCCAUGUUUUCAUUUGGAGAGCCUCCCUGUUUCCCCAUUGUUGGAACAUUCAGUUUAGAUAUCAGAUCAGGGAAAAGGGGCAUUAACUCCAAAGUGAUAUCAACUAUCUGGAACUUGGGAAGAUAAGAAUUUCAUAUGACCUCAACAGUUAGGGAAAAGGACCAAAAACAAGGAAAUGUAACCUCCAUCAACUAAAAUAACUUCAGUGUCAUGGUGCUCUGUACUUAAGUGAGACAGCCUUAUAACGUGGUGAGUUAAUGGGAUGCCAAAAUACACAAAGAAUAAGUCAGUACAUCCUAACAAAAUCAUGAGAUGAUCCUCCCAUUGUCCUUCACAGCCACUGAGUUCAGUUUUAAGCUGAAAGUUUCAGAAAUUAGAGAUGGUCCACAAGCACAGGAUGGGCCAGAAAACAUGAAGAAAGGUGAAUGGGUUUGGGGUUCUGAGAUAGAAAACACCCACAAGAAAUUUCAUAAUCAUGUGAAAAUAUGGGAAUGGAAAUUAUUAAAAGACUAAUACUGCACUCAGUCUGUUGACAGUUUGAAAUGUGGUCGAUCAGUCAUUAAACUUUUAUUAAGUGUCUAGUAUGUGCCAGGAGGCAAGAUUUAGGAGAAACCUCCACCUGUUCAAAUAGGCUUUUUCUUUGUGUCACUACUGCAUAUUUCCCAGGCCUCUUUCCUCCUUAGCUUAAAAAAUAAUAAUCAUCAUUUGUAAUAGUUUAUUGUUGCCUUGGAUGGAGGCAGAGAAUAAGACUAGGUGAAAUUUAUAGGAAAACUCCAUUCGAGUGAUUCACAUAAGGAUGAAUUAAAGUAUAGAGAAUCAAUAGAGUUCAUUAAUAAAUCAAAAAAACAUGUGCCAGUAGAUCACCUUAUUGUCGACUCUCUGGAAUUUUAGAAGAAGAGACAGACAAUAAAGGAAGACAGGAAUGGGGGGAGAAGGGGAAGAGACAGAGAGAGUCUAAGCCCUAUCCUUGAAACAAAAUAUUGUCUCAGUUCCCCACCAUCUUCUCUUCCCUGGCAAUAUCCAUAACACAUCAUAGCAGGAGAGCCCCGGGGGCCACUUGUCAGGAACAUCCAGAGUCUCUGAAUUACCAGUUAUAGGAAUAUUAGUCCCUAGUAAUCUAUGGAAGGUUGCUUUGAACACCUAGCCUUGAAUAUAGCUAUACAUUAAAUAACAGGGAAAGUUUUAAAGCCAAAGUAACCGUGCACCUCUCUGCCUUGUUUUUGGUCUACUAUAUAUUGGUUAUUUUGAAGUUUUUCUCUGUUAAAAAAUUGAUAGCUCUGUUCAGAAACUCUCCUUUGAAGUGGUUAAGAAUCAACAUUUCAGAAAAGACCAGGUGCCAGCAGAAAAGAUCGAAUAGCUGUCUACAGCUUGCAUAUCUGAUAUUACCUCUAGUGGCUAAAAUACACAGAGAAACCUAAAUGUAGACUGACAAGCUUUUUUCUUCUUGUUUUCGGUGGAGUGGUUGACUUAAAAUUUGCUUACGGUGUGAGUCUGUAUUCAUCUUCUCCAAACAUCUCACCAUAAUUCUCUCCCACUAAGAAAAAUCUGCCCAUCGUCAAGAAGCACAAGGAGCCAAGACAGACAAAUGCUAAACAGGCAAAGAAUUACGCAUGUUGCCCAUAUUUUUAAAACUACUGUUCUUUUUUAACUUCACUAUUCACUGGGUGAUUUUUUCCCCUGCUUUUCCCAUAUUUAGAUUUUUAAAAAAUCAUUCACUUGAUGACCAAGAGGAAAAAUUAGGGUUCCAAACUGCACUUGCUCUGCUUAUUGGUAUCUAACUCCUUGUUUCAAGAUCAUGUAGAAAUCCUGGAAUCAUCAUUAGUGUACAGAUCGUCCUCUGCUAAUUUUAGCUCAAAGGCACAUGUGACUCAAAAAUUACAGCAACUACAGACAGCCUUAACUUUGGAAUCAUGUAUAAUUCACUGCAAUUAUCAAUCCACUUAACACUUCAGAAUGUUCUUACCCAUUGCCUCAAAUGAGGUUGGGUGAAUUGUAAGAAAAUGGGGCAAAUAGAAACAAAAUCAAUAGAUUUCUAAAGUAGCAGAGCUAAAACAAGGUUAUGCACACUGGUCACAGAUCAUAAGAAUGCUAAUGGCACUUUAGAACCUAAGGUCAUAAGGCUCUAUGUCCUUCCCUCCCCAAAGCACAGCCCCCAAAUUAGAGCCAAUAGGUUCCCUCCUCUCCAUGUCAUCUUUCUCUGAUGCUGUGGUCUAUGUUGUGAGUAACUGGUAAUCAUGAAAGAAAGAGUAAGGAAGGAGAGAAGGAAGGAAGGAAGGAAGGAAGGAAGGAAGGAAGGAAGGAAGGAAGGAAGGAAGGAAGGAAGGAAGGAAGGAAGGAAGAAAGAAAGAAAGAAAGAAAGAAAGAAAGAAAGAAAGAAAGAAAGAAAGAAAGAAAGAAAGAAAGAAAGAAAGUUUUAUGUGAAGUCCUGAUGGCAUAUGUAAGGUUCAGAAAAGUGUUGGCCAGUUCUGGAGAAGACAGAAUUAAUAUUCUUUUUACUAUUCACUGAUAGAUGGUCACAUCGAUUCCAUGGACAGAUGGAUAAAACUACUCUGAGAAUAUUUUAACUUCUGCCUUGCCAGAAUCUAUAAAUUGAGGAGGCCAGUCAGUGUCAUCUCUUAUAGAAUAAACAUCUCAGGAAAGAGGGAGAGAAAAUAAAUGCUUGUUAAUUGAAAAAUAAAAUUUAAAGGUUUUUUUUGUUUGUUUGUUUUUUUAAGGAACGUCCUCCACAUGAUUCCUCCCAGGCCCCUCAAAGACAGCUGUCUUUACAGUUCUUUAUUCAAGGACAGUAAGAAUGAAAAAUGAGUGAUUGUUUAAGGGUCAUUAUGGGUAGCCUUAGCCAAGCAACAGGUUGGCUUUUUAAGAACAAAUUCCCUAUUGAAAAGGAUGUUAUCUUUGUAAUAUAAGUUAGAGAUGUACUGAAAAGAGAUAGUUCAGGACAUUUCCUUAGUUCUGUCUACCUUGGGCCCAAUAGAGAGACUGGACUCUUCAGGGUUGACUGAAUAGUAUAUUUUAUUCAUUCUCAAUAAGGAAAAGAUGAUUUAUGGGUUGUCUGAUUUAGUUAAAGCAAUCCAGGGUGUGAUUAAGGUCAAUUAUCAUCAAUAUUAUUGGAUUUUGACUUAGUUGAACAAGCCAGGGCAUAACUGAAUCUAUGUAGCUGAAAUUAUCAAUACUAUUAUCAGCAAUACUAGCAGGCAUUCUCGGUCAUUGUUUCUAACAAUAUCAUCUCUAGGGAGAUCAUUCUUGUUGUCAUUGCCAAGCACAUGUUCUCUGCAUCAAUAUAAAGCAAGUCUACUAUUUAGGGAAACACACACACACACACACACACACACAUACACACACACACAAUAGCACCAGCUUUGUCCACAAUAAGAUAAUCAACUGGUAAAGAAGGCUUAACUUGACAAGGCUAUUAAGUCUCAUGUUGUAGAUGGGUUGAUAAUAACUAGGCCCGUCAAAUUUAGGUUUUUAUUUACAGAAAGGAUUGUCAGAACAUGUUGUAAACAACGAAUAUCAUCUUCUACAAUCUAACGCAAGGCAUAAAUCAUGGAGAGGGAAUUAAUAUUGGCAAGUAUUUGGAGGCAAGGCACAAUUAUAGGAAGCCUGGCAUAAUUCCAUAGGCUGCAACUUUAUUAAAAUUAGUUCUUAUCCAUGGCCAAUUACAGCAUUAGAGCAAACUUUGCUGGGAAUUUUUUAGUUGUAUGUGUGUGUGCAUGUUGUAAAUUAAUCCCAAUUGGUUUACACAGGUCAAAUUUGUCAAUAGGCCAUUAUUAUGAUUCAGAAGGAGCCACAGUUAGUUAACAGGCCUUGGGACAAGAGUGAGUACCACAGACAUUGAUGAAUAUUCAAACAAAAACGACUCCUUGAAAAGUCCCAUUUUGGGGGCAGCUAGGUGGCACAGUGGAUAGAGCACCAGCCCUGGAGUCAGGAGUUACCUGAGUUCAAAUCCGGCCUCAGACACUUGACACUUACUAGCUGUGUGACCUUGGGCAAGUUGCUUAACCCCAAUUGCCUCACCAAAAACAAAACAAAAAAAGGGAAAGGGGAAAAGUCCCGUUUCUUUACACAGAAGGCCAUGAAAAAAGCAGAAUGGAGGCCUGGGGUAAUUCAAAUUAAUUGGUUUGCUUCUCCUCCUUGUGUUACCUUUGAAGUGUCAGAAGCGGUGGGGGUGGGACAAUCUUCAGCCUUGCUAGCACUGAAUUUUGUCACAGUCUUAAGAGUAACAGAUGAAAGGUAGAGUCGGGCUAAUGCCAACUAGUCUGUCUCCAAACUCUUAAGGUUCGAGUUGGGGCUCAGCCAAUAUGACUUGUUACAUUCUCUUCCCUUCAGUCCCUCUGCCCCCAACUAUAGAUGGCACACAUUUCAGGGGUUAUUUAAAGGAUAAAGAAAUUCUUCAUACAAAUCAGCCACACCCUUACUUACAGUAUAGUAGCAGUUUUCCAGACUCCUUUGCUUGAUUUCUCAUUGACCAACAACUUUUGGUGAAUUUGGUCAGCUUUUCAGUCGUUACCUUUAGCAAUUCCCUUCCUGUGAUCUUUUCAAAAGUUAUGGUGGGGCAGCUAGGUGGCACAGUGGAUAGAACACUAGCCCUGGAGUCAGGAGUACCUGAGUUCAAAUCCAGCCUCAGACACUUAACACACACUUACUAGCUGUGUGACCCUGGGCAAGUCACUUAACCCCAAUUGCCUCACUAAAACAAAACAAAACAAAACAAAACAAAAGUUAUGGUAAACUUGUAGCCAAUAGUAGAGGCAUGGAGAAUACUCCUGUGGGAAUUAAUUUCAACCCAUAGUUGAAAUCCCACCCUGCCACUCAUUCUUGGACAAAUAGUAGGGCCUUUAUUCAAUAGCAGUGAUCUUGGCUCUCACUUUUCAGAGAAGGGGAUUUUCUUCCACUGUGUGCACUCUUUCUUCACCUACCAUGAGACAAUAAUGUCAUACAACUUGGCAAUUGGUAUAUCUAGUCAGAAAUCUAUGGUCAACCUGUGAAAUUGGGUCUCAAUACAUGGGAGCUUGGAAAAUUGACGAAAGCAGUCUUCUGCAAAGCUUCAUUCAUUGAGUCCCUUCCACAGGGCAUUGAAAGUUGCUAAGCCCCCAGAGCCAAGGAGCUGCCUCAUGUUUCAUUUUGAAUUGUUGCAUCCCUCCUUUCCCAUUACUCUCUUCUCCAUGUUUAGAUCUUUCAGCCAUCUUCAUGGUCUUGUACCUUCAGAGCUAGAGAAGCUUCCAGGAAAAUAUGCAUUUAAAUUCAUACUCAACAAAUUCUAUUGUAAUUAACACUUUUCAAAAUAUUGUGUAUUGUUUCAUUAAACUUAACAUUAAAUGUUUGCUUUUCCAAAUUUUGUUCUGUUCUAUUUUUGCACAAUUGUAGCACUGUAUAUUUUAUCUAACAUUUCUGUGCCAAAAAGUUCAUUUUAUGUUUCCAUAGCAUAUGAUCAUGAUUAUAUUUCUAAAACAAAACAUCAGUUAAUGUAUCAAUAGGAAUGAAUGUGUAAAGUGUAGAGCUGAUGUUCCUUUUUUUUUUUAUGAAGGAGAAGGGGGACGUGGGCUAAUAAGUUAUAUUUUUCCCAAUCUUAUUUAAAUAUAUAUGAUUGUAAUGUCCUCAGUGGCAGUUAUUACCCGUUUACUCCACAAUAAAUGCUGUAUUAUAGACAGUCAUUGACUUCUCUAAAUUCUGACAUAUAGGCUAAUUUUGGAACAAUGCCCAAAAUGGAAGUUCUUAGAUUUCACCCAUCAACAACCAAUAGGAACAACUUCCUAAACAAUCCAAUCACUUUUUCAGUCAUUAAAAAGAAAAAGCAAAAUCUAAUAAAUUAUCAAAUGAAUGGUCUAGUAGCUUAUAUGAAUACAGCUAUUGUCUGAAAAGGUUAGAUUAGUAGUUGUUCAAAGGUCCUGUGCUUAGGCCUUUCAACUGAUUGAAAUAGUCAAGAAGAAGCAUUAGAAUUUUAAUAUUAUUUUAUCAUGUUUGGAAAACCACUAUUUUGGUCAUAUCUAUCCACCUUGGGGCAUGUUUUCUUUGAUUUUCAUUAGUACUGCUUCACGAAUAUGGAGCACUCAGGAGAAUCAGGACCACAUAGGAUCAUAAAUGACAACUUCUAGAGAGGCAAUCAGACUUACUGACAGAGAAAAGUGAAAGGUCUAACAUGCAUUUCUGCAAAACAAAAAUGCCUAGUGAGUAUUCUCAUUAAUUAACUUUCUUCUUAGAAAGAAUUUAUUCACCUAUGCAUCAAUAGACUAGCCAUCACUGGAAUUAUCCCUUGAAUAGUAAAUAUUGCCUAACUCCUCUGACAGACACAUUGAAGAGGGUACUCUAAAAAGCAUGAGUUUGAAAAGGAUAAAUCCCAAGGAGUGUUGAUUGUUGAGUGCAAUAGCAGAGGAUUAUCUAUCAUUGCUCUGGGCCCAAACCUGCAGGCAGUUGGCCAAGCCAGGGUUAUCUGUUGAUUGUGCUUUUGUUAGCUGAAUAUCUAUGGUAAGAACUAUCAUUCUAAAGUAGCGUGUAUGUGUGUAUAUAAGGCAUACAGAUAUGCAUUUAUGUACUGGAAUGUGUAAUAUUAUUUUAACCCCUCUUCUGUUAACGGUUUACAUAAUAGAAUUUUUAAACAAAUGUAUUUAAUUUUCUAAAAAAACUUGUAUUAAAUAUUUCUUUUGGAAUAAGCUGUGGUAAUUUUGUUAUAAUUCAACUGAAAAUAUGCCUCUUUAUGAUAAUAAAAUUAA